AUGCCACAGGCCAAACUUCUACUCCCAUAUCUCACUUUCAGUGGUCAAUGCGAAGAAGCUAUGAAAUUCUAUCAAUCCUGUCUCGGAGGCGAAUUAGAAAUUAUCAAAUACAAAGAUUCUCAAAAGAAGGACCAGUACCCACACCUACAAGACAAGGUCAUUCAUUCCUCCUUGAAAACUAGCCAAGCUCCCAUCUUGUUGGCUUGUGAUGAUCCUGUCGAGUGUGAAAAACCAAAUGCUCCUUUCGUGAAUCAUAAUGGUUAUUCUCUUUCUGUGACUGCAGAAAAUGUGGAAGAAGGUUUGGAGAUUUUCAAUUUGUUGGUGUCGGAUGGAGAGGUUGUGAUUCCUUUUGGAAAGACUCAUUUCUCGGAAGGAUUUGGAAUGUUGAAGGAUAAGUAUGGAAUUUCAUGGAUGAUUUGUCAGUAG